CGCAGCUGCAGCCCCUUGAAGGCGAGAUUCACCAGUGUUCCUGAGGUGUCCUGUUUGUGAGACUCUCCUUGGGUUGUAGCCUUAAUCUUGCACCCCAGCCAAGUGGCCGCCACCCACAGAGGCCUCAACCUGAACAUGGCCGAGAAACGGCAAGGAGCCUGGUUCGGCUUUGGUUUCUGUGGCUUUGGGCAAGCGCUGGGCUCUGGGAACGGCCAACAUGCAGUGCACAGUCCUGAACCACUGCAUGCUGCUGCUGAUGUUUGCCAAGUGAGCGCAAGCUGGAGCUACACUGCCCUGGUGACCCGCGGAGGCCGGGUGGAACUGUCAGGCUCUGUGAGCUGUGCAGCAGACGGCUGCAGGGAUGCGUGGGUGUCGGAGGGACUCCUGGUGGUGCAGCGCAACAAGAGUGGGUCCGGCACGGAACUGCAGGCCUGGGUACCAGGUUCCGCGCUACAGGGGGAGCCCCUCUGGGUCCAGAACUUAGCUUCUGGGGCAAAGGCCCAAGGGGAAGAUGAACCCGGCAGUGAGCCUAGGAUGGGGACCCUGCCGUUGCUGCCCUGCGCCCGUGCCUAUGUGACCCCACAGCCACCCUUCUGCCAGCCUCUGGCCCCAGAGCUGCGGGCGCGGCAGUUGCAGCUGGGUGCGGAGCACGCCCUGCUGCUGUGCGAAGCUGGCCAGGUGUUCUCCUGGGGCGGGGGCAGGCAUGGACAGCUGGGUCACGGGUCGCUGGAGGCAGAACUGGAGCCAAGGCUGUUGGAGGCACUGCAAGGCCUACGGAUGGCUGAGGUGGCCGCAGGUGGCUGGCACUCUGUGUGUGUGAGUGAAACUGGGGAUAUUUAUAUCUGGGGCUGGAAUGAGUCAGGGCAGCUGGCCUUGCCCACAAGGAGCGGGACAGAGAAGAAAACAGUGAGAGAGGAAGCCACAGAAUUGAAUGACGAUGGUCUCAGAGGAGAGAAAGCAGCUGUGGCUGAUGUUGGAGCUCCUGCCCACUUCAUAGCCAUCCAGCCCUUCCCAGCUCUCCUGGAUCUUCCCCUGGGCUCAGAUGCAGUCAAGGCCAGCUGUGGAUCCAGACACACAGCUGUGGUGACACGAACAGGAGAACUCUAUACCUGGGGCUGGGGUAAAUAUGGACAGCUUGGCCACAAGGACAGCACCAGCUCGGACCGGCCCUGCCGUGUGGAAUACUUUGCAGAAAGACAACUUGAAGUAAGGGCUGUUACAUGUGGACCUUGGAAUACCUAUGUCUAUGCAAUGGAGAGAGAGAAAAUCUGAACUAUAUCUCAGGUGGAUCCCCAGGCUGCUUAUGUACCUGGGUGAGAAUGAACUCUUGCUUCAACAUGCUGUCCUGGGUGCAUGGAAACAAGGCCACAGCGAUCUCUCCGCCUCCUCAGUGCUGGGAUUAAAGGUGCAUGCAGACUUAAGAAUGUG